AGGGCUUGCGUUUCUAUCGUCUCUUCUCUCUGCAGCGGCUGCGAGGAGAUUGCACGCCUAUACAUAUAGAGAAAAAGAGAGAGAGAGAGAGAGAGCCUCUGUCUCUAUCUGCAAACACAACCUAACCCUAUCCACGAUACCAAACGCCCCUUUCUCUCUUUACCCAAUCGGACGGCUGCAAUCUCUUCCCCUUAUCUUUUCCUAAAAAAUCAACGGCGCCAAGUUAUGAUGGCGGAUCCGACGGUGAUAAGCUUGAGACCUGGAGGCGCCGGUGGCCUCCGUGCCCCCAGAUUCCUCGCACCCCGCUUUGAUUCUUCUUCUUCAGAGGCUCAGGCUCUCCAGUCCCAUGCCGGCCUCGCUCCAGCCUUCAAGACUGGUGACUUGCGGUUUGAAGGUCGUGAGCGUGUUCGAUAUACUAGAGAUCAACUUUUGCAGCUCAGGGAGGCUACUACUAUCCCUGAGGAAAUUUUGAAGAUUAAACAAGAAAUAGAUACUGAGUUUGUUAUAGAGGAUCCUACUUGGGGUCGUGCAGAUGCCAAUCUGCAACCUCAACCCCAAGCUCGUUAUUCUGAGCCAGAUAAUCGCGAUUGGCGCGGUCGAUCUGCACAGUUGCCUGCUUCUGAGGAAGAUAAAAAGGAAUUGAAUAACCAGCAAAAUUCCCAGUUUGGAAGGGCGCAAAUUUCUGGUAACCAAGUGGUAGGGCCUGCUCCUGCCCUUGUUAAGGCAGAAGUUCCAUGGUCAGUUCGAAGAGGAACUUUGUCUGACAAGGAACGUGUGUUGAAGACAGUGAAAGGUAUAUUGAACAAAUUGACCCCGGAGAAGUUUGAUGUUCUCAAGGGUCAACUUAUUGAUUCUGGAAUCACAACUCCAGAUAUUUUAAAGGAUGUUAUCUUUCUGAUAUUUGAUAAGGCUGUGCUGGAGCCAACAUUUUGUCCUAUGUAUGCCCUUUUAUGCUCAGAUCUUAAUGCAAAGCUUCCUCCUUUCCCAUCUGAGGAGCCUGGUGGGAAAGAAAUCACUUUUAAACGAGUCCUAUUGAAUAAUUGUCAAGAAGCUUUUGAAGGUGCUGACAACCUAAGGGCAGAAAUUAGGCAGAUGACUGCUCCUGAGCAAGAAAUGGAAUGCAGAGAUAAAGAACGAAUGCUUAAGUUGCGAACUCUAGGAAACAUACGCCUUAUUGGAGAACUUUUAAAGCAAAAGAUGGUGCCUGAAAAGAUUGUCCACCAUAUUGUUCAGGAGCUUCUGGGACAUGAUGGCAAAGCAUGCCCUGCUGAGGAGAAUGUGGAGGCAAUAUGCCAAUUUUUCAACACCAUAGGUAAGCAGCUGGAUGAAAGCCAAAAAUCUCGGAGAAUCAAUGAUAGCUAUUUUAGUAGGUUGAAGGAGCUGACUACAAACACUGAACUUGCACCACGGCUGAGGUUCAUGGUCCGUGAUGUUCUUGAUUUGCGGUCUAACAACUGGGUCCCCAGGCGUGAAGAGGUUAAAGCAAAGACUAUCAGUGAAAUCCAUUCAGAAGCAGAAAAGAAUCUAGGGUUGCGUUCAGGUGCAACAGCAAUGAUGAGAAAUGCUCGCAAUGCUGGUUCCCAUGGGGAUUUGAGCCCCGGAGGGUUUCGUGUUUGUAGGCCUAUGUCCGGAAUGCGAGGUACCAGGAAAAUGCCUCUUGAUACUGACAAUUGGGAGGUUUAUCGAUCCCGUUCAAUGACCAAGCGUGAUGGUUUGGGGCCCUCCCAGUCUGCCAUCCGUGUCCAGCCACCUUUGAUCAACAAAACACCUUCUCUUAAUUCAAAAUUUUUACCUCAAGGAAGUGGUGGCAUAAUAGCUGGGAAAACAAGUGCCUUGUUGCAGGGAGCUGGAGUUGAACCUCUUACUCAAAACCCCAAACCUAUAGUUCCGGCUGCAUCUGCAAUUCCUUUGGAGAAGCCUCUGGCUCCUGCAACUGUAUCAGAUUCUGCUAAGCCUCUGGCUCCUGCAACGGUGUCAAAUUCUGCUGUUCUUCAUAGGAAAACUGUUUCUCUGCUGGAGGAAUAUUUCAGUGUUCGGAUUCUCGAUGAAGCACUUCAAUGUGUGGAGGAGCUGAAAGCCCCAGCUUACCAUCCAGAGGUUGUUAAGGAAGCUAUUGCCGUUGCUCUGGAAAAGAUCCCACCAUGUGUGGAACCCGUUAUAAAGCUUCUUGAGUUCUUGUUCAAUAAAAAAGUUGUGACAUCUGUUGAUAUAGGAACUGGGUGCCUUCUUUAUGGGUCAAUGUUGGAUGAUAUCGGCAUUGAUUUGCCAAAGGCACCAACUAAUUUUGGUGAUGUUAUUGGGAAGUUGGCUCUGGCAGGUGUGUUGGACUUCAAGGUUGUGACACAAAUCCUGAAGAAGGUGGAAGAUGACAUGUUCCGGACAGCCAUCUUUGGUGCUGCUAAGAAGAGCAUUACGUCCAGCCCUUCUGGGCAAGAAUUUUUGGCAAACCAGGAAACUGAGGUCCAGGCUUGUGAGACUUUGCUUUCCUGAUUCAUGCUAGUUUUAGUUAUCAGAGGAAAGCUAUCUGGCUUUUGGCCGCAGGGGGAAAGAGCAGUAGGCCUUAUAUUUUCCCCCAUAUUUUUGAAAGUUAUUUAACGGAGGAUAAUUUUAUUCAGUUGUAUAUUUUUCUUUUUGGGGAUUUUAGUUUAGUUUUGAUGAAGCUGAGAAACAUGAUGUCUUGUAUUUCUCUCGAGCCUGGGUUAAAUUCUUCCCAGGAACAAUCGAGAUGAACAGGAUCUUGCAUGAUCCUUUUGUUACAUUAGUUUUGCAAUCUUGUACUAUUAAUCUGGAAUUUGUACUUGGCCGGUAUGUGGUCUUAAAUUUUCUCUAUGGAUAUUGUUUAUCACUUUGUCUUUUAGCUU